GCAGACCAGCAAUUGCAUCCUCACCACCCCUCCAUCCAUCAUGAACUCCUUCCGUAUCGCCAGGGCUGCCGUCCGCGUGAGGCCUGCCGCCAUCGCCCGCCCGAUUCAGCGCAGAGGCUACGCCGAGGUCGCCUCAGACAAGAUCAAGCUGUCCCUAGCUCUUCCGCACCAGUCUAUCUACAAGUCCCAGGAUGUCGUCCAGGUCAACCUUCCCGCUGAGACCGGUGAUAUGGGUGUUCUGGCCAACCACGUGCCCUCAAUCGAGCAGUUGAAGCCCGGUCUUGUUGAGAUCAUCGAGGAGCAGGGUGGCAGCAAGCAGUUCUUCCUGUCCGGAGGUUUCGCGACUGUGCAGCCCAACUCCGUUCUCAGCAUCAACGCGGUUGAGGGCUACCCGUUGGAGGACUUCAGCGCCGAGGCUGUCAGGAACCAGAUCGCCGAGGCCCAGAAGAUUGCCAGUGGAAGCGGCAGCGAGGCAGACAUUGCUGAGGCCAAGAUUGAGCUCGAGGUCCUCGAGAGCCUGCAGGCGGCACUGAAGUAAUUGUAAAUAGCGAUUCGCGGGUACAGCACCCAGCUGUAUAGUAUCAGGUGCGAAGCAUGCGCGAUUAUCAUGUGCACAAGACAAGAAGGUGCUUUCUAAAACCAGUCCAUACACUCCAUCUUUCCUCGCU